AUGAGUGAACUCCUUGAUGAGAAGUUUCAGUCAGCGUUUGUUCAGGACCCAUACUUUGAAAUGGCGAGUAACCGUAUAAACAAUUCAGUAAGACAUGGAAAACUACCAAAAGAUUGGAAACUUGCCAACGUUACACCUUCAUACAAAGACGACUGGGUGGAUUGUGUGUACACUUUAAGUGUAGACUUUAAGAAGGCAUUUGAUAAGGUGUCUAAUAGAAGACUAGGUGGAGUGAAAGUCCUGACAGAUGCGACAAGUGAUGACCAUGAAACCCCAACAAGCCAGAUCGAGGACCCAGCAUAUCCAGACCAAUUGGCGCAAGAAUCCUUAACGCUUCACACGCUCGCCAGUCCGGAAGACCUCGGCGUGCAUGUUCUUCCACCUUCUGAUGACGUUGAAGGACUGGUCUCAGCAGUUCCUUCACUUCCUUCGGCACAGCUGGAUGAGACCUCCUCCGCUGGAAACUCAGUGGUGACGGACGACCCAGCUGAAGAGCCUGAGCUACCUCACCCUGACCAGAUUGCUCAAGAGAGUCAGGUCGGGUCGGUUGGUGACGGGUUAAGUACUCCGACAGUUUCAUUUCCUUCUCCUGUAACAGCGUCAUCUCCUCAUCCUUCUGUCCCAUCUGGCGGCAUAGAAGGCGUGGCACAGAAUCCUCAUUUCCCACCCAACCAAUAUCCUCAAGAUGUCAUUCUCGCAACCUCUCCACGUUUCUUUAAUCCUCACGGACAGGCCUAUUAUCCAUUUCCAGGACCAGACGGGUAUCCUGCAAUUGAUCCUUACCGGUUCUACGACCAGCAGAGGUUUUACGACCAGUUAAGGCGACCAGUGGAUCCUUCAAAGAUCCCUCCUCGUCGGACGUCAUAUAAUCCUCACCCUGUCCUCCCAAGUACAAUAUUUGCUCCUCCUGAAAGACCUAUUCCCUUACCCCCAAGAAGGAUUAAAACAAGGCAGCCUGUAAAUGUAAGGGCCCCACUUCCGCGUCCAACACCGCAGACACCUACAUUGACUUCAGAAACUUCUGAAAAUCAGUCAUCUUCUGAGACAGAUAGACUUCCUGAUAAUGAUACACCUGACCACACUGACCCUGAAGCCCCAAAAGAUGUUACAGCCCCAUUUUUCCAACCCAAAAGAGAGCAGUGGAACUCAAAAAUAUUUUUCGAGAUCGAGCAAAGCAGACAACAACUAGAAGAAGCAAAACAACAGAGUGACACUGAAGAUUCAGCAAGUUUGCCUCAUCCCGAAGUAUUAGCAGAGGAGCAUUCUAAGAUCGGAGAACAAAGCAGAGAGGAGAGACCAGAGGAAGGACCGAACACAAAAACGUCGACUGAAGAUCGUCCCAAGCCAUCAUCCAGUGAGGAGGAUCAAGAGAAUGCUGUAGGUAAUGCAGAAAUACCCAUUCACGACCAUGAGAAUUUGUCGCCCCUGGUGUCUUCAGCAGAGAAAUCAGGGAUAACCAUCUUCCCCCAGGACGUCGACGAAGUAUUCCAGUUCGAGGGAAGUGAGAGGGAUGUGUCAGCAGCCAAGCCCAAUGGCAAUAGAUUUGUACAGCUGCAGCCAACACCAACAGACCUGAGAGAUAUUGAUGCAAGUUUGUAUGAAGGUUUAAGAUUACCUUACUAUUCUAUCCUUGAUGAGCCAGCUUUUCCGAAUGGGAACCAGCAAAUUUUCGAAGCACUAGAAAAUGUAGAUCCAAGUGCCUUUAACGAAGCAGUUCUGGCCUUUGAGCCACAGCGAACGAGUGAAGCACCAGUGAAUGAAGUUGGUAGCAAUAUCCAGCAGAAUCUGGGAAUACCCAUAGAACCUGUUACACAGGUGGACACGGGAAUUCCUGCAACUACACCUUUCAAUAACCAGCCCCAGCCAUCCCAACAGAAUCUGCCACAGUUACAAGCAAACUCGCAAUUCGCAGAUUUCUAUGAUCCAGGUUUUCUAGAUUAUAUAAACGCACUCUAUAGAGCGCAAGCACCAGAUUAUGACUAUUUCUAUGAUUAUGAUUCGGAUUAUAACAUUGGUUCAACUGGACAAUUUCCAGGAAAUCAAAAUUCACUUCCUCCACAGCUGCAAGGCGGAAUCCCUGCAACAACCUCUGGUCAACCAUCUCUACCACCAACAGGGUCCCUUUUCAAUCCUUGGGGUUACCCGCUCUCACCCACAUCACCUACUCGUGGGUCACAAACCGGUGCUGGCUUCCCGCAACAAUUCUUUCCUCAAAAUAUUCCUUUUCCCACAGGAUUCCCAGCGCAGGGAGUGAUCGCAAACCAAACUCAAGCCUUUCCAUUUAAUCCUCUUGGUUUUCAACAACAGGGGAUCCUACCAUUCGGCUAUACUCCAACUCCAACAACUUUUGUACCUGGGUUUCAGUCAACCCCACAGAUCCCUGCUGUAUCCACUCCUAGGAUUCGGUUCCAAGAUGACACAGUACUGGAAAUACGUCCUUCGCCAAAUCCUCCAGUUGGUGUCACAAACAGUAUAGAAAUUCAAACCCCACCAUCUAUUACAUUUGAGACAUCUACAUCUAAUCCUCAAAUGAACGAAAAUGGUAAAACAGACAAUGAGUCAGUCAGUGGGGUAAGCCAAGCAACACUAAAUUCAUUGUUGACAACCAAUCAAACACAAGUUAUACCACAACAGAAUCUAUCUGUUGUACCUCCCCCAUCAACCUUUGCCUCUCCAGUACAAGUUCCUCUCCCAAAUGAUUCUUUACCAACAGUGAGCCAAGAGUUGAUUGUUGAGCAAUCUGGAGGACUUGGUGGAAAUUUAGGUUCUGUAGUGCCAGUAAAGAAGGUAUCAAUAUCUUCCCCAAAUCAGCCACAAAACUUACCCAAAGGGAGUGAAUCAGUAAAACCACACACAGCAACUUCCACACUUCCAAAGCAAAAUAUACCGGAAGUAUCUGAAAUCACUUUAAAUAAUGUACCUUCUAUACCCGCGGUUUUAGAGCAGAAUACAUCCAUAUCAUCUGGAAACCUAACCCCAAAUGUUCCAACCCAGGAUAAAACAUCACAGGCUGUACAAUUUCCAUCAACUGUUCCAGCACAGGCUGUACAACUACCAGAUGCUUUUCCAACACAGAAUGCACCACCUCUCUUAGCUAUUCCAACACAGGGAAUUCCAUUAUCUUCCCCUGUGCCACCACAAGACAUACAGAGACCUAUAACAGUUCCUUCAUUGGAUGCUCCAUCUCAGAAUGCACAACUGCCUUCAGCUGUUCCAACACAGGGAAUCCCGCUGCUUUCCGUUGAUCCAACACAAGAUGCAAAGUUAUAUUUCGCUAAUGGCACACAGGGACUACAGCUGCCAUCAACUCCCACAACGCAAAAUACUCAAUUACCGAUAAAUAUUCCACCACAAAAUGCCCAGCAACCUUUAUCUGUGCAAACACAGAAUGUACAAAUACCCUCAUCUGUUCCAAUACAGGGUGCACAACGGCCUCCAGCUGUUCCAACACAGGGUGUACAGCUGCCUUCUGCUGUUCCAACACAAGGUGUACAGCUGCCUUCAGCUGUUCCAACACAGGGUGUACAGCUGCCUUCUGCUGUUCCAACACAGGAUGUACAGUUUCCUUCUGCUGUUUCAACACAAGGUGUACAGCUGCCUUCAGCUCUUCCAACACAGGGUGUACAGCUGCCUUCAGCUCUUCCAACACAGGGUGUACAGCUGCCUUCUACUCUUCCAACACAGGGUGUGCAGCUACCUUCAGUUCCAACACAGGGUGUACAGCUGCCUUCAGUUCCAACACAGGGUGUACAGCUGCCUUCAGCUCUUCCAACACAGGAUGUACAACUGCCUUCAGCUCUUCCAACACAGGGUGUACAGCUGCCUUCAGCUGUUCCAACACAGGGUGUACAGCUGCCUUCAGCUGUUCCAACACAGGGUGUACAGCUGCCUUCAGUUCCAACACAGGGUGUGCAGCUGCCUUCUGCUGUUCCAACACAGGGUGUACAGCUGCCUUCAGCUCUUCCAACACAGGGUGUACAGCUGCCUUCUGCUGUUUUAACACAGGGUGUACAGCUACCUUCAGCUGUUCCAACACAGAGUGUACAGCUGCCUUCUGCUGUUCCAACACAGGGUGUACAGCUGCCUUCAGUUCCAACACAGGGUGUGCAGCUACCCUCAGUUCCAACACAGGGUGUGCAGCUGCCUUCAGUUCCAACACAGGGUGUACAACUGCCUUCAGCUGUUCCAACACAGGGUGUACAACUGCCUUCAGCUGUCCCAUUUGGGCAACAACCAUCAGUUGUUUCAACACAAUAUACCCCACUAACAUUUGGGUAUCCAACGCAGGGCAUACAAUCACCUACUGUUUCUUCACAGUUUAUACAACUACCUGCUCUUGUUCCAACACAAAACCUGCCUCCUGCUGUUCCAGUACAAAGUAAACGACCACCCUCUGUUGUUUCAGCACAGGGUAUACAAUUGCCUUCUGCUUUCCCAACACUCUCUUCUCUUGUCCCAGUCCGAGGUUCACGCCCGCCUUCUGCUGUGCCAACACAACCACCAUCACAGAGAGUGCCAGUGCCAUCUGAGGGUGCUCAGAUUCUUUCGGGAUUUUUAGGAUCUCUAUCACAAACGACGUCACCGCCUUCUGGUUUUUCAACAUCGCCACCAUUGCAAGAUCUGCAAAAUACACUCUUGAUUCCUCUCUCACCUGUAAAGGGAAAAUCAUCAUUUACGGACUUACCUGGAAAAAAAUUACCAGAAAUUACUCAAGUCGAAGAUAAAAUUAAUACUAUUGGUAACGUGGUUACUCGGCCACCUCUCUCAGUUCUAACAGCUCGGCCUCCCACAGCGGUUCUUGGGAAUGACCCGAUUAGAAGCCCAGCCACUGGAUCCCCUCCAGCAACACCUACUUUGCAGACUGAAGCUUUCAAUGAUUUUAUGAAUUUCUUUGGACUUCGUAAUGGAGAUGAAACAUCUACUUUGAAUCCUACUACUACUAGAGGCUCAAACGAGUUCGCUGUUGGUUCCGGAUUGGUGGUGGACAGCAAGGUGUUGCAGGAUUUGCACAAAUUAAAGAACGUCGGACCUCGUCAGGACACCACAACCAGGAGCUAUCCUUUAGAUCCCUCUCUCCUUAAUUCAACAAGACUCUUUGCAAACCUGGCAGAAGCAAUUCGCAAUACAAUUAACCCUUCAUAUUUCAUACUUACAAAACAUGAUGUCGGCAACUAUUCCUCACCUCCACUUAUUAGGAACAGUCAGCACAAGCAGUCGAUAAACAGACUACCAGCUCCCAAGUCAGUUAGUGAAACAGGUGUACCAGAUAUUGAAAAUUCAUCACUAAAUUCUCUAAAGGGAACCCAGAUGAAUGCCAAGAUGCCACACCUUAUUGCCUCUCUACAAGCAAUGAUGGACAAAUCACCGAAGCAACCUCAAGAUUCCGAGGAAGACACAAACAUUAAUGGCAAGAAUAAGAAUGAAAAAUAUUACUCAACUGGCAAUCGAAUUGGUGCAGAUGAAUUCCUUCUUCUCUUCUCAAACAAGAGUCCAAUUCUGCCUGAUGACGGUGAGUAUAUUAUCCUCAUUCCCCGGCCAACUGAAUUAAAGUUCCCUACUGAUAGUAGACCUUCAGCUGAAACUACAGCAGACAUCUUUACACAAGGGAGGGAGUUCUUGGACUUUGCUGAUGAACUCAGAACUGAUAAACUACGAGCUGACGGGACAAUAAAACCACACAGCGCUGUCCGUCGUAGAGCCCCUGCCAUAGAUCCUGCAGAGGAGAGGAUAGGACCCAUAAGUUCUUCGGGCGAAACAGAGGACCCACUUGAGCAUCCAGUGGGAGGAGCCUUUUAUGGGCUCUCCACGGAUCCAGGUACUUUAAAUUGGUUGGCUCCAUACUCUGGAGGUUUUGGCCUCCGUGAACCACGAAAAGGGGAUGGUUCUGGAGAGAGAACAGAGAAAAAGAUAGACGAUGCUCAGACCAAUUCCUCCAAUUUGAUAAGCAAUGACUAUGCGGAUUUCCCACUGGCAGAGAGCAAUACGUUAGGAUUGGUAUCCCCACCCACACUCCUUCCUGAAGAUUUACAAAGCCCAACACUAGCUGAGUAUUAUGCAAAGUAUUUCUCCACAGCCCAGGACCCUCAGGUGUUUUUCAACCCAUUAGCAACUGGGAGUUACCCAGCAUACUAUAACAAUUCACCACGUCCCACCAUCUCUGGAGUAAGAAGUCCAGAACAGUUUGGGUACUUCUAUCAAGGACAAUAUCCACAGUUUAACCUUGGGGUUCGUGGUACAGGUGCAAAUCCCUACGAUUUUGCCUUGGCCAACUUCCCCACUGCUGCACUUGGACAAGACAGAAAUGCCUAUAACCCAAACCAAACACCACAAGAGACAACACCUGCAGAUAACAUAGGCAACCGAGCGCCUCCUUUCCCGGAGUCAGUUGAGGAAGGUACAUCUACUACAGAACCCAAUGACACACCUGAUUACGCCUAUGAUGCAGUGGAAGGACUGAGUUACGAUUACAAGGACAGUUCCAUCCCUGAUUAUCUCAACGGUGGUAACCUGGAUUAUUCUUCAGACACAGCCUUUGAUUCAGUGUACUCUGAUUACGAUGUGCAAUUAGAAAGCAACGAUAAUUCUACAGGGUUAACUACGACAAAUCCCUUGGUUGUUGAGGGUAAUAUUGAAACAGGUUCCGGAGAUACUUUUAGUGGGCUAGAUGCCAACGUCGCUGGAUUAAGAGUUAAUGGAGGAGCUGAUGUCACUCAAACUGCUACACAACGUCCAGAUUUCCCCACGAUUGCGAUAAGUCAAGAAGCAGCAAAUGCAUCAGAAACAGUUCCUACCCGUAACAAGGAGGACUUCGACUUCAACUCGGAUGUCCCUGUUGGUGACAAUGUACGCUAUGACCAAGAAAUACUCGAUGCCAUUAUAAGUGGCGAGGUAAGAGGGGAUGGAAUUGGUCCUUCGGGGAAUAUUCCUCUAGAUUACGUUUACAUUGCAGAGAAUAUCGCUCCAAGCGGAAUACCCCUACCUCCACUGACUGAAGUACCUGCAACUUUGCCCUCCGAUAAUCCUGAAACUACUAUUUCGACUCCUGGUAUUGAGGUUGAUACCGACAGAAGUAGCUUUUCCGUGAGCGCUGAUGGUAAUUCUGCCAGUGGGUUAAACAAUGCUGGUUCCGGUACUUCAGGUGGUGAGGAUCCUUGGUUCACAAACAUCCCUGUAGACAUUCUUGUUUUUACAGCGGCUCCUACCUCCGGAUUUCAGCCAGAUGGUCUGACGCCUGAUGACAAUAUUUUCACUUCCCAAACGAAGAGGGUUACCCCUGAUAGUAACAUUUUUACCUCUCUUGCCAGCAGAUUCACACCAGAAAGCAAUAUGUUCACAUCUCAGGGCAAUGUAUUCACUCCUAGUAACAAUGCAUUUACCACUGAACUUAGUGUUACCACACCGAUAGACAGCAGUUUCAUAUAUAAGAAUAAUAAUUUCAUACCAGAAGAUAAUAAUUUUACUCCGACCUACAGCAUUCCCAUAACCGAAGGCCCCAUUAUAGCUUCCUUUGACGUGGUAGGAACUGAUCUCACCAGAGAAGGCCCUCUCAAUGCCAUUCCCACUGUGAAUCCUAUUUCUAAUGAUGAGAAUGAUGAAAAUAUUUCACAAGAUAAUGCAAGUGGCGUUUUCGAAAGCACGUCUGUACCAGUUUUCGAAACUACAACAAUGACCUCACCUGUAUUCGAAACCACUACAGAGUCUGCUUUUGAAACUACAACGUCUGUACCCGUUAUCGAUACUACACCCUUGUCUCUACCUCAGGAUCUCAUUUUCCCAGAUGGUGAUGACAAUACUAAUGCUUCAUUUAGUAAUGGCAUCAGCACUGCAGUGCCGGAUGUGCUUGAUGCUAUCCUCCAUGUAGAUAUACCAGGGAACCAAGAUAUUGUAUUUGGAGGUGAGGUCCAACUAGACCAAAACCAGACGGUCCGAAAUUUACAACAAGGGUUUAGUGGUGAAAGCCAAACAAAUAUGGAUAUACAAGGUAAUGAAGAAGUCGUACAAACUCCAAGUGACAAUUUAUCCUUUCCCCAAGUCCCUAUGCAGAAUGAAAGUCCUGCAGCCAACCAACAGGUCACAGUUGAUGAAAAGCAACAGGCCUCUAAGGACACCCAACUAAAACCACACAGAACGGGAAAUGCCAAUGAGACCAGCCAAAACGCAGGUAUUAAUUCGACUGCAGAUGUCCCUUUCACGAACGAGCAGGCAGAGAGGGAGGAAUCGUCGGGAAUUCAAAUAAGCGCAGAAGUGCCACUGAACACCACUGAUGAGCAAACUGAUACAAAAGAUGAGAGACCAAACCUUGCCUCUCAACUUCCAUUUCUAGAGCUUCCUGAAGGUGCUUUUGGCUUUACGGUCACCCUUGGAGAGAUUAACAAUACUCAGUCCAUCACACAAGAAAACAUUGAUAAUCUGUUGCAGAACAAUACUAAAAUUACCACAGAAGAUAUUGAUGAUCAGAUACAGAACAAUACUCAGUCCAUUGCAGAACUUAUUGACAAUCCGUUGCAGAACAGUGCUCCAGUUAUUACAGAAAAUAGUAAUGAUGGGUUGCAGACAGCCACACAGAACAGCACUGAUGUCUCUAAUUUACAGACCGAAGAAACAGAUGUUUCAUUUAGACAAGGAAAUGAUACUUUCGUGGACCUUCAAUCCAAUGACACUGACACUGGCAUACUUAUCAUUGAGUCUACAGUGGAAGAUACAGUACCAUUAUUGAACAUUCCUGGAAGGGUUGAACCAUCAGGAAUUUCCUCACAGACGCCCGUGGAUGUACUUCUUUUGGGUGAGUCUGGCGAGAAUAUUGAUUCCCAAACUUCAGCAAAGGGAACACAAGGGGACAGCAGUUGUAAUGAUACUGGAGAUCUGUCCCAUAAUGCAGAAUUAACAAUUGAUUUUUCAUCAUCUGAGGAACCGAUUAUAUUGUUAGACAGUUCGGUAGAACUGGCCUCUAUAGAAGACAGGGGGAAAGACAAAAAUCAGGAUUUUGUCUCCUUAUUCCAAGAUCAACUUGAUGCAAUAAGGAAAGGAAUCGAUACUAGAGAUAAACCAUCAGCCCAAGCAGGUAAGACACCAGAUCUUCCAGUCCCUUCAGUAGCGUUCACAGGUUUUGGUGAAAAAAAUCAAUUCACCACAAAUGUGCUCUCACCAACCCCAGCUGUACAAAAAGUCACAGAAACAACAACAACAACAGUCUUCAUACCUAUUGUUAAACCAACAAACUCUCCAUCAACUACUAAGAAAGUUGUGUCCACCUUGAAGGGGAGACCAACACCCAAGCCAGGAAUAUGGAGGCCAACAUUUGGUCUACCUGUUCAGACACAGACCUCGAGGCCAACUUCAUUAAAGGGCAUCAGCAACCAACCUAGUUUAGCUUCAUUUCUGGGAGGCUCAACUCCACCAGCAAGCUUUGGAUUAUAUGGAAACUAUAACAACCAACAAAGUGUGGGAGCCAUUGCAACUCCUGGCCAGGGACAGUAUACGAGACCGAGUUCAAUUUAUGAUAAUGCCAGUCAACAGCAAAAUCUGGGAACAUACUCAGAAUCUCAGGGUCAAACACAAAAAGAUAAUGAAAGGGAGAAAUGGGUAUGGAGGAACAGUUUCAGCAGUUUACCCAUUAGAGGUAGAGAAGAAAAUAUCAAAAACAGGCCCCUAACUUAUAAUACCAAUAAUUUUGCUUCUGGAACUGGUAGUCAAGGAGGAAACCAUUAUGCAGGUAGCACCUAUGACCAGAAUAAGCCCAAACACACCGAAUAUGGGAAGGACAGCGAAACGGACCGCUGGGUAUGGACCUCAAACAGAAGCGGUUCCCUGCCAACUCAAAAUCCACCGACACCUUUCCCAAUCAGAAACACAUGGGUUCCAGACAACUACCUACUCAGCCCUAGUGUAGUAAACUAUGUUUACAGCAGAGUGAGUCCAGAUACCUCAGAGACACCAGUCACUGACUCAUCUAAGAAGCUAGGGAACAGAGUUACACAACCUGGGCCCACUACAACAACAACGCCUUAUUAUUGGUAUAGUAGCCACAGUCACACAGAUCCCCGUGUGUCAGUAGCAUCUCGCAACGUGAGAUCACCUCCUACCUCUAGACAUCAUUAGACAUGUAAGAGAUGUCCAGUCUAGUUUUAGCCUUACUCUAAUAGCUAUAAUAUAAGAGAGAUAGUCAGAGACAAACUCAUUAUUUAUGUUCAACUGCAAUCCCUGAUGGAGCUUUAACGUUGUAAGGAUACUUUGUAGAAGUAAAGAUGUAAAAUGAAAAAUUCAGGACCAUUAUAUUUAUGGUAAUGCAAUGUUAAAGAAAAAUAAGUUUAUAUAUCAGAAUGAAAAAAAUAUUGUAAUCACUACAUUUACA